AAGCACUAGUACCAUUGCUAUGUUCAGGCAGGACUGUAUCAGAAAUCGCAGCUAAUUUCGCACCGCUACAUUUCGUACCGGGCAAUGCCCUUUCAAUAUUGAGUUGUUUCCGAACGCAGUGGUCUUGAAAAUGGCGGAUCGCACGGUAUCGCACCGAUGUAACAUUGUGUGAAUUUUUUUCUUGUAAAUUUGUGAAUUUUAUGUGAAAAUGUGAUAAUGAUGAAUUAAAACCUGCGGUGUAGUGUUGUUUUAGUGGUUUGCACGAUGUUCCGGACAGGGAUUUUGCUCGUUGUCUUUAAAAACUGGAUUUUCUUAUUGGUGGCACUACAUUUGUUUACAUACGCUCAAGGCGGCGAGGAGCAGGAGUCGGGCGUACGUUUCACAACUGAACCAAGCGACGUGGUAGUGGGCGAAGGCGACGGCAUCAUACUGCCGUGCGCGGCCACCGCCGGCACAGGUGUGCGCCCACUUCGCCUGUCUUGGCGACACAGUGCUCUCGCCAUUCCGACCAGGGACCAUGCCAUCUCCGCCGCCGAUAAAUACAGAAAGCAGCUGCUAAACGGGUCGCUGUCGAUCGAAGGCAUGUCGUCGGCGCUGGCGGGGCACUACCAGUGCGUGGCCAGCGUCGACGGCGACAGCACCAUUGUCUCGCGGACCGCUACUGUCUUUCUCGCCGAGGUGCCGGAGGUUUACGUGCCGACGCGGUCGGUGUCGUCUGUGGCGGGUGGAGUGGCUCUCUUGCCGUGUGCGGUGCGCGCGCCUCCGCCGCUGGUGCCGCGGUUCGCCGCGGCGCCUGCCCCUGAGCGCCGCGUCUACGGUGCCGCCAAGCUACACUAUGCGCCGCCGGUCCUCAAACUCAAUGUGACAUGGUUGAAGAACGACAUGCCGGUGAGGCUGGAGAGCGCGCGCGUGGCGGUGACGGCCAGCGGCGCGCUCGAGAUCGAGCCGCUGCGGCACCACGACGCGGCCAAGUACCGCUGCCGGGUCGCACUCUACCACCGCCUCGAGCCAUACAAGACGAGCGAGGAAGUGGAGUUACGUGUAGCAACAGAGCCGCCCGCCGCUGAAUUCCCGCCGCGGUUCGUUGCGACGCCGCAACCUCAAACCGUCGUAGAGGGCGCAUCUGUAACGUUUGACUGCGCUGCCAUCGGGAACCCCAAACCGCAGAUAACCUGGCUCAACAACGGAGUCGCUAUUGACCUCAGCGACCUGGACUCCCGUUUCUACUUGUCGGGGUCGGGGUCGCUGCGCGUGCAGGGUGCGCGUGCGCUGGACGCGGGCGCGUACACGUGCCGCGCGCACUCGCCCCUUGACGCCGUCGACCAUACCGUGCAUCUACACGUGCUCACGGUACCCCGCGUGACGGUGGGAGGCGGUGACGGUGGCGAUGGUAGUCGUAAUGGAGGUGGUGGAGCUAACGGCGCAGUAGCGGUGGCGCGAGCGCGCAGUGACGUCACACUGCGUUGUGAAGCGCGUGCGCGGCCGCUGCCGUCCGUCAGCUGGCUCAAAGACGGCGAUCCACUCACACCCAACCACCACGACAUCGCGUUGUUAGAUGGGACAUCGUUGCGCAUCCAAGGCGUGCUGCGUGUGGACGCCGGCAUGUUUCAGUGCUUCGCGUCGUCCCCUGCCGGCACCGCCACCGCCGCCGUGCGCCUCCUAGUUCUACCACCUGACGACGGGCUGGUGGCCGUCAGCGAGCCUGCACAUAGUAACACCAGCUCGUACCCGCCUGAAGACGAGGACAUGGACUUCCUCGGCGAGACCUCGUCCGCGUACACCUCGGGUCCACAGCUGGAGUACGAUGACGACGACAUAGAUGAAGACGGUCUGGACCUGGACGCGUUACGUGGCGUCAGUACGAACGCGAGCUCGGUGGCGGCGCCGCGCGGCCUGCGCGCCGUCAUUGUCAAGCACCGCUUCGUGACGCUCAGCUGGCAGGAGCCGGAGCACGGCGCCGCCGACGUCACCGGGUACGCCGUCAUUUACAAGGUCAAGGGCAGCGAGAGGGAGCGAGUGUCUCGCGGCGGACCACAGCGACAUGAGAUGAACGUCGCCUCGCUCCAACCGAACACCACGUACCAGUUUUCAGUACUGGCGUACAGCAGCACGGCAGUCUCUUCCCCCACUGAGGCGAUCGAAGUGCGCACGCCCGAAGAGGAACUCUCCCAUGGCCCACCCCAAUCCGUGAAGGCCGAGGCACUGGGACCACAUACGGCGAAGGUGUCAUGGGAAUCCCCACAAGGGGCCGCACCGGAUCGGUAUACCGUGCUGUAUUCAGAAGUGGAAACUGGUCGCGAGCAGCUGCAAGUGGUAGAGGGCGCGACGUCGGUGUCGCUGACGGGAUUGCGCGCCGCUACGGCGUACUCGGUGCGCGUGUCGGCAGCAGGAGGCGCGCCCGCAGCACCGGUGCGCCUGCGCACGCCCAGCGACGCUCCCGCCGCGCCGCCCGCCAAUGUCACGGCUACGCCCACCGGGGCAGAUUCGAUCCUGGUUCGGUGGGACGCGCCGCCGUCGCGCACGCACCGCGGCGCACUCACGGGCUACAAGGUGCGGUACCGCGCGCUGUCCGCCACCACGUCCGCGUCCACCCCCACGCGCCGCCGCGCCGACUCCAUCACCACGCCCGCCGACACGCGCCGUGCUGAACUUCGGGACCUCGACACCGCUACCACUUACCAGAUCCGUGUGUGUGCUAUUAAUGCAAAUGGUUCGGGUCCGUUCAGUGAAUGGGUGACUGCGAUAACCCAUCAGCAGCAGCGCGACGAGACCCGUGUGCCGCCGCAACCGCCACCGCUCACCACCCGCGCAGGCCGUGACUGGAUCUCGGUGUGGUGGUCUGAAGAAGGCGCGGGCAGCGAGGGCGUGGUGGUGCGCGGCUACGUGCUGGGCUGGGGGCUCGGCAUCGCGGACGAGGCCUCGCGCGAUCUGCCCGCGCAUCUACACUCGCAUGUUAUACGGAACCUCAAAUCUAACUCGGAGUACGUGAUAAGCCUGCGCGCGAGCAACUCUCUAGGGCUCGGUCCCGCGGUGUACGCGACCGUGCGCACCAAGCCCGCGGCCGAGGGCGACGAGCUCGACGACGAAGACGACGAGGAGCAAGAGAGGGACGAGGACGAGCCGCCGCCGCUCAUACCGCCCGUCGGACUUAAGGUGAUAAUGCUGAGCGGCACCACGGCCGUCGUGUACUGGACCGACCCGACGCUGCCCAAGGGACAGACUGCUACGGACGGCCGCCGGUACGUGGUUCGCUGGUCCGCUAACGGAGGGCGCGCGCGCACCUUCAACGCAACCGAUCUCAACUGCAUGCUCGAUGACUUGCGACCGUUCACAAGAUACGAGUUCGCCGUCAAACUUAUUAAAGGCACGCGCGAGUCGGCGUGGUCGAUGCUAGUGAGCAACACGACGCUGGAGGCGGCGCCGGCGUCGGCCCCGCGCGACGUGCGCGCCUCGCCCGCCGCGCCGCCCGCGCGCGCCGCCGACCUCGUCUGGGCCGCGCCGCUCAAGCCCAACGGCAUCAUCACCGGCUACGUGAUAAUGUAUGCGGCGCAGCGCGCGGGCGCAGCGGAGGAGUGGACGGCGGUAGCGGUAGUGGGUGAACGCACGCGCGCACGCGUUGACCGGUUGCGCCCGCGCACCUCAUACAGCUUCAAAGUACAGGCCAGAAACAGCAAAGGGCUUGGCCCUUUCAGCCAGCCAAUUCCAUACACUACCGCCAUGGAGACGGGCGAGGGCGGUGGGCUAGCGGGCGCGACGUCCGCGUGGCUGUGGGCGAGCGCGGGCGGCGCGUGCGCAGUGCUGGCGUUGGCGGCCGCGCUCGCGCUGUCACUCUGCUGCCGGCGCAGCCGUCCGCCCUUAUCACCCCUGUCACCCGAUACCAGUACCUACCAGAAAUCUUCUGCGUCGGCGGGCAUCAAACCGCCGGACCUGUGGAUCCACCACGACCAGAUGGAGCUCAAGCACAUGGACAAGGGCCUACACAGCUCCGCCAGUAAGAUAUCAGCGGGCAGCACGGACGGCGCGCUGAUGUCGUCGACGCUGACGCUGGGGCGGUCGGCCCCCGGCGCCCCGCGCCCCUCCGCCGAGUACGAGCCCGCGCGCCACCAGCCGCCGCCGCCCGCCUCGCUCGACCGCAGACACUACGUGCCCACCUAUGUCGACCGCAGCUCGCCCGCGGAGGACGCGUCGCGCGGCUCGCCCGCCUCUCUGUGCAGCUGGCGGCGGACAGACAACUGCGAUUGUUGCGCGCCGAUGACGGGCAUGGGCGUGGGCGUGGGCGUCGGCAUGGGCGGCGUGAGCUGCACCUCCACCUGCGACCGGCGACAGCACCGCGCGCCGCAUCCUGACCAGAGCACGCCGCUGCUGGCGGGCGUGGCGCCGCUGGGCUCGCCGCAGUCCUCGCUCGCGUCGCUGGCUCCGCUGCACCCGCACCCGCCGCAUCCGCCGCCGCCGCCUUGCGGGUCGGGCGCGUGUCCGCUGGGCGCGGCGUGCUCGGCGCCGGGCGGCGUGGGCGUGUCGGUGGGCGGCGACGUGUACGCGGCGGCCGCAGCGGCGCGCGAGCGUGGGCACUACGUCGCGUACGAACCGCUCGGCCACUACACGCAUCGCGACUCGCUGAGCAGCGAGGGUGGUGUGGGAGGCGCGGGCGGCGGCGGUGUGUCGGGCGGCGCGGGCGGCGUGGGCGGCGCGGCGGGCGCGGGCGGGGGCUCGCUGGGGCGGCGCGCGGCGGCGUGCGGCGCGCUGCACAGCUUCGCGCUCGCCGACAGCGGCUCCGACCGGUCCUCACCCGCACACCACCCCCACUCCAGAGGGAGCGUGCGCGAGACAUCGCCGUAUAAGAAAAGUGCCAGCUCGUCACCAGGUCACGUGCCCAACCGACUGCAGCUUGGCGGCAACGUGUCUCACUGCGCGGAGGAGCUCGAGCCCCUGACGCCGUCGCGCUCCACCGAGCGGCUCAACAGAGAGAUGCAAAACCUCGAGGGUCUGAUGAAGGACUUGUCGGCCAUCACGCAGCACCAGUUCCAUUGCUAGUGCCGCGCCCGCCCGCGCUGCCACUGUCGCUGCUGGUCCCCCCCGCCGCCGCCACCGCCGCCGCCCCCCUACUGCCAUGGGUGCCGCUGUCACAACUAGACGCGGCCAUACCCGACGGAAAUGAUACUCCUCAAUUGUACAUAACGAAGUUAAGACGAACCGAGUCAUAUAAUGCAUUUAAUAAUACAGAACAAUCAUCGCAAUAUAUAAACCAGCAGUGCUGAUAUAUUCGAGUGUCGGAAACGAACUGUUUGAAUUAAAGUGACGGGCACAAAUAUCGACAUAUUUAAGAACAAUUUAACAACGACGUGAACAACAUUAGACUGUCUAAUUAACUUGUGUGAGUGCUGUGGAUUUGGUGAACGAGUAUGAUGAACGUGUGCCGUAUACACGCGCACAAAUAAAACUAACGUUCAGCGUAACGGAGCUGUGGCGUGAUUGGUCAGUGUGUUGAUCACGUGGUAUCGCGACCUUUUGAUUGGUUAGGGUCUAACACGUGAAUACGUACGUGCCAUCGGAUCGCUGUUGUAACGGUUGUGUACACGGUGAUGUUCGUUUAUUGAAUGUAAGUGUACAUGCAAUUUAUAUUAUAUACUAUUUUCGGCAGUUGACAUAAUACAACUAACUAGCGCAUCGUCAAAUUUGUAUAAAUUUUAUGCUGUUCAUGUCGAAUAGAGAAUAAUAUUAAAAACUAUGACAAAUCUACAUUUUACAGUUCCAAUGAAAUGACGAAUGAAAAAAAGCAACCAGAUACCUGGCACCUUUACACCAUGUUUAUUAGAGAAGUGAUUAAAUUUAUAUUAUUUAUUUUGGAUGCACUUAUACAAAAAAUCCAUUUUUCCUCGAUUAUAGAAUUUUUUCUGAUAUUAAUACGUCCUAUUAUGAAAUAAUAGCACAAAAUUGUGUACAGUCAGCCACAAAAUUUGCACAACAAAUUAAAAAUUUCAAAUCACCUGUUGUCUCUGUAUCAGUAAUCGUAUUCAUUUACUAAAAUAAACUUUGAAGAGACCACUUCAUAAAGAAAGAAAAAAACAAUAUUUCGCUUGAAGUUAAUGUGAAAAGGCGUUUUGAAGUAUUCAAUUUGUUCAUCUGCUUUUGUGGCUAUCUGUACUAUAAAUAUGUUUCCAAACUUUAUAAAAUUGAUUUAAGAUGUUAUGUUCUUAAUCUUAGAUUUUUGGAGUGACAUUUUAGGCCAAGCAAGAUUUAUGAUAAACAUAUUAAUGUAAAUAAUUUAUUAAUUGUAAUAUACUUAAUUUCUUAAGAAAUAUGAUUUGUCUGAACAUCUAACCUAAGCCGCGUUCUAUACUUUCGCCCAGACUUCAAAACUUGAGAAGGCGAAUACAUCAUACAAAUUAUAAUGAUGCGGUAAUUUUUCUUCUACAUGAAUAUUUGACCCAAAAAUAUUUGUAUUGGAUAUUAAAGUAUUUAAAACUUACGACAAAGAAAAACUAUGUCCAUAACCAGAACUAGGAGUAUGACUUUAGGUGUUAUUAUAAUUUUAAAGCUGGCAAUGCCAUAUCGACCUUGUUCUAAUAACUUAGUAAAAAUAUCAAUCGACAAAUAUCAACAGUGUCGCAAGAACUUUCCUGAAAUAAAAUGAUUAUAAUAUUAAUUGAUUAUAACUUUAACAAUAGUCCGCCAAGUUUUGCGCGUUGCGUAUACGCAGCCCGAGCCAGACCAGCUCAAGUAAUCGUCGACGAUGGCCUACGAGUUGCUCAACACGUUCUUCGAGCGGUCACCGCGCUGUACGACCGCAACUUUACUUUAUGUAACCACUUGUAAUAUGUAUGUUGUGCUGUAAGAUUUUUUAAUGUAAAGCUAGUCAUAUAGUCCCUGUAUACAUAGUUAGGAUUUUGAAAUAUUUACGACCACAAGUAAAUAGUAUAACAGUAAUUAAAUAGUAUACAGUUUUUUGUAUUGCUCACUUUAAUGGUGCGAUUGAAUGACGCGUGAUAGCACAAACUCAGUGUAUUUCGAUUAUAUUAAUGGUAUUCACUGGUAAUGGUAAUUACGAAUAUUCUACUAACGAAAAAGAAUGUUAUCCAGAUUCUGCGUGGAUAGAGCUUCCAAUGCCUAAAUGAACAGAACAUGGGAUGCUUAAAGAUUUACAAUACCUUAAUAGUAUAGAAAUCGAAUAAUGUAUAACAGGCUC